AUGUAUAAAGAGAUAAUAGAAAGUUUAGAAUGUAAACUAAUCCAUUACAGGAGAGAAAAUGAAGAGAUCAAAGAUAUCAAUAGCAAAAAAGAAACUAGUAUUCAAAUGAUUCAAAAACAAAUCACAUAUUUUAGAGAUGGAAUUCAACAAUUAUAA